UCAAUGACGAAAUACGAAUGGUGAUUCAUGUUGUAUUUUUGAGCAUCUGUCAUCUUGGUUUAGUUAUAUUUUAAUUUUUAAUAUAAAUUAUCAAACUUAAGUAACAUAAGCGUAAUGAAAAUGUCUUAAGAUUUUUUAUAACUGUGAGGUUAAACAAGUUUAAAAUGAGCAUGAAUUUUAUGUAAAGAAACAGUCAGUCUAUGCAAACAGAACUUCAGGUGCUGUUUUUAUUAAAAUAAUCUUUAUUUGUCUAGACCAAGUAUCAGUGAUUUUUUUUAUUUGAGUUUAAAAUCAGGAAUAUUGAUACAACUAUGGUGAUAAAGAAAAUCCAAGAAAACCCACUUCCAGGGGCUACCCAAAUGGAGCCAGAUAAGCCCAAGGAUUUGCCACAAUCUGCCCCAAAGACAACUGUAACAGGACCAACCUCUCGCUUUAGCUUCCCCUCAUUGACAAAGACUCCACCCAAUGAAUUGUACAGGAAAUUGUUGCCUGCCAUACUUUUUGUCCUCACAUUUGUUACUGUUAUGACAAUGCUCCUCAUUUAUAUGGAUACAGUUGCUUUAGGUGCUCAGCAGUUCCGUCUUAACAUGUCUCGUGACUAUCAGCUGGCUCGCAUCCCUGCUGAAUCAGCAACAUUGGUAGCUUAUGUGAGGCAAUUGCACCUUGCUCCAAGGCCACCUAAGAGCCCACCUCCUGUGCCAUCAAUUACGGAUAGAGUGGAAGUACUUGAUAAACUCUAUGGAGAAAUUUACAACGGAACGUUUGUCGAGUUUAUGCCUCGCGGCGGCCGUGAGCCUACCACGGCAUAUCUUGAAACUGUUCGUGAUUGGAGAGGAGUUGUAGUUAGAGCGGCUCCUAGAGAUUUUUUGGCACUGCGAGGCACAGCCAGUGCUCUAAACGCUUGUCUAAGCCCUACUACACAUCCUAGUCAGGUGAGCUACAAGGAGCCGGAAAGCAGCGGCGUAUCGUUCAGUUCGCCGGUGCUCUGCCUACCUUUGUACACGGUGCUGUUGGCAGCAGAUGCCGCCACUGCGGACUACGCCCUUAUUGCUGGAGACUCCGCCCCUGCUGCGCUCACUCACUUGCCUUUUAAUGAACCCAGUGUGCGGCUACAGGUAAUCGAAUUCCGUUCAACGGACAUGUCGGCUCGUAACAGAACUACGGAAUUCCUGCUUAGUAAGAACUACACUGUAGCGGCUGAGUUCCGAGACGGCGUUAUGUAUGCACUUAAAAAAUAGACAAGUGCCUUUGAUAGACUAAAAUAUAAAUUGCAUUGCAAAUUGUUAAAUGUCAAGAUAAAAAUGCAUAAACCCAAUCACUACAAUUGUAACGAUUUAUUGCGUUUUAUAUUUAUUAUGCAAGGUUUCGAUAUGUUUUUAAAUAAUUAAAGGAAUAGUUCCCAGGAAAUAAUUUAGUUUGGAAUCAGUUUUUUCUUAUUAUACUUUACUCCGUGAGUGACCUCGUGUGACCUUCAAGUUAAAAAUAUUUUAUUCGCUUUUGUGUACAUAAUCAGUAUGUACAAAUUCCAAUCAAAUUAAAUGUUUAACUAUUGAUUUGCAAUGCAAUGGUUUUAUAGUAAUCGCAUUCACUGUGUCUUCAUAUAGAAAAAUGACAAUACUUUAGUGGCCUCCAAUUAUCGAACAAAAAUAGUAUUAAAAAAUAUUUUGUGAUAAAACUUUGCAGCUGUUUAUGAUCAAAUUUUAAUUCAAAAUAGUGACAUUUUAAUAAUAAAUUUGAAGAUAUUUUAAUUCAGUGCUUUUAAUUAUAUGGUAAUUAUUUUAACUAGAUUUAAGUACCGCGUAAUGUGUAAUAGGGUAAGUAUGCACUACACUUAUGAAACUCAAGUUCCUUGCAACGUUAAACUAUUUUUGUCACAUUUACAUUAAUUCACUGUGUCCACAUAAUUGCAGUGCGCGCAGCACUUUUUACAAGAAAGUAUUUGUGUAAUUACUCGUAAUUAUGUAUGAAAUAUGUAUUUUUUUCUCUUUGUUAGAGACCCCUGUAUUGAAUAUUGUGUAUUUUCAAUGUGUGUCGUAAUGAUUCUUUUUAAAUGUAUGUGCUCUUAUUUUACGUAAUCUCAAUUUUCACUAGUUUUAUCGAAUAUUAUAACAAUUUGUUAAUUAAAAAGACUGAUAUGGUUUAUGAUCUCUUUUUAAUUUGAUUUAAAAUUAUAAUUUUGUAUGAUUUCAGUAUUAAUAAGUGAUUUUAAUGAAUUUCAUGUAUUCUGCUGCUAUUUGAAGACUUUUUUUUAUUCAUAUGAUAAAAAUAAAGUAUUGCUUAGUUCUAAGUGAAUAAUUUUUCGUUGUAAUUAGAUUAAACUAUUGAUCAUAAUGCGCUUAUUUUCACAAUUAAAUCGCUUUAAUGAA